CGCCUCUCCGCCUGCCUCCUUGCCUGUCGCCACCGCCCCGCUUUUCCGUCCUGCUGGGCGGCGAUGGCGACCCCGGACCAAAAAUCCCCCAACGUUCUGCUGCAGAACCUCUGCUGCCGCAUCUUGGGCAAGAGCGAAGCUGAUGCAGCCCAACAGUUCCAGUAUGCAGUGAGAGUUAUUGGAAGCAACUUUGCUCCUACUGUUGAACGGGAUGAAUUUCUCGUGGCAGAGAAAAUCAAGAAAGAACUUGUGCGACAAAGAAGGGAAGCAGAUGCUGCUUUGUUUUCAGAACUCUACAGAAAGCUCGGUUCACAGGGCAUUUUGAAAAAUAAAUGGUCAAUACUCUACCUCCUGCUUAGCCUCAGUGAAGAUCCACGUAAACAAUCUAACAAGGUGUCAAGUUAUGCCACACUUUUUGCUCAAGCGUUGCCACGGGAUGCUCACUCAACUCCCUAUUACUAUGCCAGACCUCAGAGCCUUCCGCUGAAUUACCAAGACCGCAGUGCUCAGUCUGCCCAGAGUUCUGGCAGCAUGGGGAGCAGUGGGAUCAGCAGCAUCAACUUGUAUGCUCUAAAUGGCCCAACGCCAACUCCACAGUCACUCCUUCCAGGACAAUCCUAUCAAGCUCCUGGUGUUGGAGAUUGCCUCCGUCAGCAAUUAGGGUCACGUCUUGCAUGGACUCUAACUGCAAGCCAGCCUUCUUUACAAAGCACUACCUCAAAAGGCUUUUCAAAUGCUGUCUCACGUGGCGUACCAAGGUCAAGGCGAGAAGGAGAUACAAGUGGCUCUGUUGAGAUAACUGAAGCAAACCUUGUAAGAGAUGUUUUGUAUGUCUUCCAGGGAAUAGAUGGCAAAAACAUCAAAAUGUGCAAUUCUGAAAAUUGCUAUAAAGUUGAGGGGAAGGUGAGCUUGUCCAAAUCUCUCAGAGACACCACAAGCAGACUUGCGGAGUUGGGAUGGCUACAUAAUAAAAUAAGAAAAUACACAGACCAAAGGAGUUUGGAUCGUGCGUUUGGACUCGUGGGUCAGAGUUUUUGUGCAGCCUUACAUCAGGAACUCAAAGAAUACUACCGACUUCUGUCUGUUUUGCAUUCUCAGCUCCAAUUGGAAGAUGAUCAGGGUGUAAAUUUGGGACUUGAGAGCAGCUUAACACUUCGUCGUCUUCUCGUCUGGACAUAUGAUCCUAAAAUAAGGUUAAAGACCCUUGCAGCACUUGUUGAUCACUGUCAAGGAAGAAAAGGUGGUGAACUAGCUUCAGCCGUUCAUGCCUAUACUAAAACAGGAGAUCCCUACAUGAGAUCUCUGGUUCAGCACAUUCUUGGCCUGGUCUCCCAUCCUGUACUGAAUUUUCUUUAUCGAUGGAUUUAUGAUGGAGAGCUGGAGGAUACAUACCAUGAGUUCUUUGUAGCUUCAGAUCCUACAGUCAAAACUGACCGGUUGUGGCAUGACAAGUACACUUUGAGGAAAUCAAUGAUCCCUUCUUUUAUUACAAUGGAGCAAUCAAAAAAGGUCCUCCUAAUAGGAAAAUCCAUAAACUUCUUGCAUCAAGUUUGUCAUGAUCAAACUCCAUCCACAAAGAUGAUUGCUGUGGCUAAAUCUGCAGAAUCUUCGAAGGGUGCUGCUGAUUUGUUCACAGAUCUGGAAAAUGCAUUUCAAGAGAAAAUUGAUGCAGCUUAUUUUGAGACCAGCAAAUACUUGUUGGAUGUUCUCAAUAGGAAGUACAAUCUACUGGAACACAUGCAGGCCAUGAGGCGUUACUUACUACUUGGUCAAGGAGACUUUAUCAGACAUUUAAUGGAUUUGCUCAAACCUGAGCUUGCACGACCAGCCACAACCUUGUACCAGCAUAACCUAACAGGAAUUCUUGAAACAGCAGUGAGGGCAACUAAUGCACAGUUCGAUAAUCCUGAGAUUCUCAAACGAUUGGAUGUUCGACUUCUGGAGGUAUCUCCUGGGGACACUGGGUGGGAUGUCUUCAGUUUGGACUAUCAUGUUGACGGACCAAUAGCAACGCAUCAAGGAUGUAUCCAACAGCUGAGCCAAAACCUCAGUUCUUAUAAAUUAACAGUGUUUACACGUGAGUGCAUGAGCCACUAUUUAAGAGUAUUUAAUUUCCUUUGGAGAGCGAAGCGAAUGGAGUACAUUCUUACUGAUAUAUGGAAAGGACACAUGUGCAAUGCAAAGCUUUUGAAAAGUAUGCCAGAGCUUUCUGGGGUGCUGCAUCAGUGUCACGUUCUGGCAUCAGAAAUGGUCCAUUUCAUUCAUCAAAUGCAGUAUUACAUUACAUUUGAGGUGCUUGAAUGCUCGUGGGAUGAACUCUGGAACAAGGUCCAACAAGCACAGGACUUAGAUCACAUCAUUGCAGCUCAUGAAGUUUUUCUGGACACAAUCAUAGCUCGGUGCUUGCUGGAUAGUGAUUCCAGGGUACUUCUCAACCAACUUCGAGCUGUUUUUGAUCAGAUCAUUGAGCUUCAGAAUGCCCAAGAUGCAAUGUACAGAGCUGCUCUGGAAGAGUUGCAACUAAGAUUGCAAUUUGAAGAGAGGAAGAAGCAGCGUGAGCUUGAGGGCAAAUGGGGUGUAACUGCAUCAGAAGAAGAAGAAGAGAAGAAAAGGAUAAAAGAAUUUCAAGACUCAGUACCCAAAAUGUGCUCACAGCUCCGAAUACUCACUCACUUUUACCAGGGAAUCGUCCAGCAGUUCUUGGUCUUGCUGACAACCAGUUCUGAUGAAAGCCUUCGAUUUCUUAGCUUUAGACUGGACUUCAAUGAGCAUUACAAAGCAAGAGAACCAAGGCUUCGUGUGUCUUUGGGCACUAGAGGCAGACGAAGCUCACAUAUGUGAAAUAGCUGCUAAGGACUGCACCUCGGUAUCCGAAGGAUGUUGAACCUCUUGUUGGACAAGGCAGUCAGUGUUGACAUAAUAAAACCAAAUUGUGUGUAGUAGGUGUCCACCAUUUCUGCAGACAACAUGUUUUCAGUCAUGUGAUUGUGUGACACUAUAUAACAGGAAGCAAAAAAGUAGGUUUGUGGAUUUUGGUUCUUUUUUUUUUUUUUUACACUAAUGUUUAUAGAAUUAUCAGAGUAAAUGGGCUUCUUGAAACUGUUAGAAUUAUCCUUAAGUCAUCCUUUCAAACAAAUGCCAUUUUUAUUUGAAGCUUUGUAAGUUCUCUCCACUGUAACUUAUAUUUGUGUCGAAAAAAUCACAUCUUUUGUUUCAGAAAGCACCAUUUCCUUUUUUAACAAGAAAAUAAAAAGGUUAUUUUUUCUAUAUGUACUUGUUCUAUUUGAAAAGAGCUUUUGUUAAAGCCAACAGAUCAGGACACAGACCUCUUGUCCUCAUUAUGAACCUAUCCAGCAUUUCAUUAUGCUGAUUUUCAGUUUUGUGAUGUGUUUGACUGUGUAAGAAACUUUGUAUCUGGAGACAUAAACUUCUAUUUAAUUUUUUCUUUGUUUUCAAAGUUUACAAUUUGAAAUAAAGAAAAAUACUUGGCAAAUUCUAUAGUUACUGUACAGGAGAAAACUAUAGAAAUAGAGCCAGAAAUAAAUCUAUUGCACAUAAGAUCUAAGAACUGAAGUUACUCAGUGCUGUAAAAGUGUAAGUUUCAAUUAAGAUUAAAGUGAUUGAAAUAAUUGGUGUUCAAAAUCUGAUGUGUAGAAGCAAUCUAAAUUGGAUAAUGUCGAUUUCAUUCUCUUCCCUUGCCUAUUUUUUCAUUGUAAAUAUUUAUAUAUUGCUGUCCAGAUGUGGGGAGAGGAGGGAUUCUUCUUUUGCAAAGUUGUCACUAUAUCAGGUCAUUUAUUAUGUUCCACAGGUACAAGCUUAGAAAAAUAAAAACAACUAUCUUUCAAA